AUGGUACAUACCGCCAUCACGAAGUUAGGAACCGCUGUGCCCCUGUCGCUGCCGCUCUCGAGGGAGCCUUGCAAGCACUAUCUCGAAUGGCGGCAAACGCUGAAGAAAUCAACCAACAAACUGGUUAAACGGUGGUUUGUGGAGUCAAAUGGGCAGGAAGAGGUAUUUUACGAGUCCAAGAAGUCCACAACGAGCAUUAAAAGAUGGCUGGCACACCACAACAAUGAGAGCGGCUAUAUGGAAGCCAAAGGCACUGCUGAAAAUGCCAAAUUGGCUAUAAACACGUUUAUCACACAGUUAGUCGCAGGUGAUCACCGUUGUGGAGCUGCGUUCGGCCUCGAAUGGGAGCCUGAAGCCCCCUUGGCUGAGAGUGCCGAAGAUAAGUUGGCCGACUCUGCGACUUACGAUGACGUCGUUUUCUCAGUGGGCGCUAGAAUGCUCAUCUACAUAUAUGCAAAAAUAUUGGCAGACACUGCAGUUGCCCUCGACAGAAACCUAUCCGGACGGAAUCCCCGGAAAUCUGAGGAACCCGCCAUCAGCAAUGUAAAUAUUGCAAACUCAGACAACGGUUCGACAGCCAACACACAUGUUGAGAAUGUUCUCACUUCUAGUGAGGGCAACGUCAACAAUGCCGCGAUCCCCGAUGGUACUGUGAUAUCGUUCGCGGAUGGGGAAGUGAAGCAGGAGGAUGCGGCUCUCUAUAAGGAGCAGGAAGCUCCAAACGAACGUGAUGUACUAUUUCAACCCUCAUCGGAUGCAACGCUGCACGUUAAGAUCUGCCAUCGCCUAAACCGCAUCGCCGACGCGUUGGGCAUCCGGAAAUGCGGGGACAAUAAGCUUUCAAUUGCCGUUCAGUAUGGCAUCACCGUAAUAUUUGACGACAUAGAGGAGGAUUCCGUUACUCAAACGGAAACAGACACCUCGUUGGCGCAUACCAUGAGCAAGAUGUUCUUUGGACUGUGCGCGUGGAUAUGCCUUAAGUGGGAUCGCGUAGUUGCAGAUACAAAGUACGAUCGACAAGAGCUACGUGGAUAUAUCGACGCGUACGUACAAGAACAGUGCAGCGUCUUUAAGCGGAUGGGCGACCCUGCGGUUGACCAGACUGCAUUGGUGGUUAUGUUGCGAUCAAUGAAGAUCACGGAUGAGCAUCACUUCUUCAUCGCCGACAACUUCCCAUUUAUGCGUCACGUCCCAGUGCCGCCACAAAAUGCCGAGGCAACAGCGGAACCAGCCAAACAAGCCGGCGUGCACCUAGUGGUGCUGGUACACGGUUACAACGGAUACCCAGUCACGAUGCGAUUUGUACGCAACACCCUCCUUGCAUUCACGAGGAACACGGAGGUGAUUGUUUCACGAUUCCUAUACGAGAACCCAGAGAGCUCAAUUCAACACAAGGCAUCCCUUUUGGCGCAGGAGAUAGAUAUACACGUGCGGAGAAAUACGCUGGCUCAUAGACUAAGGCGGAUCUCCUUUGUCACGCAUUCCAUGGGCGGAUUGGUGGUGCGUGCCGCGUUGCGCCACCUGGGACCGUAUCGAGAUAAGAUUCACGCCUUGGUGACCCUCGCAUGUCCGCACAUCGGUGUGCCACGCAUGCCUUCGAAGCUGGUGGAAAAGGGCUCUUGGCUCCUUGCGUCCUACAUGCGAUCCACAUGCCUCAACCAGCUACUGCUGACCGACGGAUCCAGCCGUGAUCGCAGCUACCUGUACGAGCUGUCCGGCGACGAUGACGUGCGCCUCUUCCGAAAGGUGAAGUUGGUGGGCAUACUGCAAGAUCAUAUAUCGCUGGCGUACUCAUGCCUGCUGGAUCCGUCGCUGUACAACACCAAAAGCGCCACCGUUGAGUCGAUGUGUCGCCGCAUUUCGGAACGGCUGAGUGGCGCGCAAUUGGAUAAAUUCUGCAUCGACUACGACCGUGCAUCGAAGUAUGUGCGUUGGAAGACCAUCGACGCACACCUACACAUCAUCGACACUGCGCUCCUUGCGCGGUACUUUUUCUACCUCACGUACGAUAUUUUUGGAGACACCUAG